CGGUACGGCAGGAGCAGCCGGAGAGGAGCCAGUACGACAGCCGCCCCAGCAGUGGGGGGCGCUGCGGUCCUCCCCGGUCACCCUCACCGGCAUGCCGCCGCUGUACUUCCAGCACGAGGGACACAGUCGUACCAUCAUCGGCAUCGAGCGCCGCCGGGCGCCCCCGCCGCGCACCGCCGCCAGCAACCCCCCCUCUGGAGGCGGCAGCAGCAGCAGCAGCGGCGGCGGUCAGGCCGGCUACGUGACCACGCUGCUGGUGUUGGACCCGGGGGCUCCCUCCGCGGCGCUGGAGGCUGCGCUGGUGCAGCGGCGGCAGUGGCAGCGGCUGGUGCGGCGGGGGGUGCACACCCUCACCCGCCCGCAGUACCAGCUGAUGUACGUGGACCUGGCGGGAG